AUGUCGACAUCAGCAUCAACUUCUGUUGCUCAAUCUUCACAAGCAGCUCCUCCAACACAAGCUGAUGACUCUAUGCAAUCAUGUCGACAAAAGUCAGACCCUGCUUGGGACUAUUGCACAUAUGUUGUAGAAGGAAGGAAUAAAAGAUUUACAUGUAUGUUUUGCAAAAAAGUUAUUAAAGGUGGAGGGAUACAUCGACUUAAAAAGCAUCUUGCCGGAGUAGUUGGUGAUGUAAAAAUUUGCAAAACAGUGGAUGCAGAUACCAGAUUUAGGAUGCUCGAGAGUUUGAAUGAAACUUCAACAAAGAAGAAGAGAGCUGCAGAGACAUUUGAUGAUGAACAUCCUUUUGGUCCUAAUGUUGUGGAAUUGGCCGAUGAUGACACUAGUGAAAUACCACGUCCAGCAGUGCAUGUGUCGUCCUCCUCUCGACCACCAAAGAGAGCAGCUACAUCUCAAGAGGUGGGUAGUUUCUUUGCUCCAAGAACUACCCCUGGUGCGCAACCAACAAUUAAGAGUGUGCUUGCAGAUAUGUGGUGGAAUACUUUUGGACAUAGUGUGCCAAAUGUGCAAAAAUGGGCAAUUAAGAUACUUAGUCAAACUGCUUCAUCAUCGGGUUGUGAAAGGAAUUGGAGUGUCUUUGAAAGAAUACAUACAAAAAAGAGGAAUAGAUUGGAGCAUCAAAGGUUGAAUGAUCUUGUGUUUGUGCAUUACAACUUGCGUUUAAAAAAUAGAGCCUUCAACAAGAUGGGAGCCUAUGAUCCUAUAGACUAUGAGAGAAUAGAUGACAUUGAAUUUUGGAUCAUGGACGAAGAUACAAAUUCUACCCCCAUUCUUGAUUCCAAUGAGAUAGAAAGUAUGCUUUACAAUGAGGAAUCAAUUCCCAUAAUUGGUAUUGACAAUGAGGAAGGUGAAUUGGCACCCACCAUUGGACUUCAAGAGGGGGACUUAAUUUGGAUUCAUUUCCACAAGAAGAUGUGA